UUCAAGGCUCGUGUCACGGACAGCCUGAGCCUGAGUGGCUUCAUGCCGGAUUUCCAGCCACUGAGCAAGCCUUCAAGCGCAGUGCGUCGUUGGACUCAAAUUCUGCGCGUACAGCAUGGAUGAGCUCAUUCAACAUUGUCUCCGAGAACUGUCCUAUGACGGUGACCUUGGCUGUGAUGUCGCCAGACUGCGGGACUUCAUCGAACGCUUCUAUGCUCGUCGCGGUACGACUUUUGGGCAGAAGAUUGACGACGCAUACUGUGCCUUCAUCUGGGCUGUCCUCGUUCAACAGCCGAACGUACGAGUAGGCGUGGUCCCCGAAGGAGCUGGUACGGAGGUAUAUAUAGCCCCGCAGAAAAGUGCGAAGAGGAAAGCCAAAGCGAAAGGCGAGGAGGUUGUCGAAGCUCCCCCAGCCGUCCUCCAAGUUGUCCAGGACGCAGGGGCCCAACCUCUGGACGCGCUCAGAAGAGAGUAUGGCGAUAAGUUGAGGGUCGCUGUCGACCCUGAUACCAUCUUCAAGGCUCUCACUGGGUCACACAUCCGCGAUUCAAAGCUUAGCCCCAUGGUGUACACGGCUCUGCAACUCAUCUCGCGCGGACGUGAAGCUGGCAUCACCAGUGUAGACCUCGCAAGGAAGUCUGGCUAUGAUCCCAAGACGUGUCACUAUCUCAUCAACCAGCUUCUCUCCCUAAAUUUGGUGGUGAAACGCAAGAAGACACAUGUCAGUACAAGUACAUUGGUUCACAGAGAUCUAUUCGAACGCGACGCGAUAUGGCAAAGUAUCGUUGAUGAGGAGAAACAGGCACGGGAGGUCCCGAAACAGAGGGUUGCAGAAGAGGGGUCUGAUGAAGAAGAGGAUCAAGACGAGUCGGAGUUCAGCGGUGGUCCGACUGUGCAAUUCGAUCCUAUCGAUGAAAGGCAUCUAUCCAGCUUGGAGCUCAUGCGCGGGCGUAUCGUGAAGCUGCUUCAGAAUUCUCCGGGUCUCAUGCAUGCCUCUAAGAAUCUGCUGCUAAAACUGGGUUUCGCAAAUCCAACCAAAGCCAAUCGACGACAAUUCACAGCCCGCUGUCUAAAUGAACUCAUCAGACAAGGUGUGAUCGAGAAGGUCAGGGUUCGCGGAAAGAACCAAAAGCUGGUCACUUGCAUCCAUUUGCUGGACGUGAACGACUCGGUUGCGCGGCAAAGUCAAGACAUCCUGCCACAUGAAGAGGGUACGACGGAUGAAACAGAGGGGGGCGACGCGCUCAUCAUGAACCUCACCCUGCACAGACAGAUCAUCGAUCUCUUGGAUAAGUCAGGCGAGAAGGGCCUGACACUUGGUGACCUCUGCAAUGCGCUCGGUAACUUCGACAGACGUACUGUCGAAUUAUUUCUCGAACGCCUUCAUACCAAUUCCCCGCCCCCACACCUUGCUGAUCUCGGCAUCGCCCACAAUUUCGAAUAUGAUCGUCGUGAACGUCACUACAAAUACUGGACCGUCGCACACUUUCGUUUCAUGGCUAUUAAGGAAGACAUCCCAUUACAUCCGUACGAUGUCGACCUCGCUACCACGGGAGGUUUUAUGGAUGUCAACGAGAGUCAAUUUUUCGAGGAUGAAGCCGGUCACAAUGCCUACGUAGACGGCCUCAGACUCGGUCACCUCGCCAAAGCCUCCGGUGCCAGUAAGGCGAAGAGGCCACAUAAGAACCCCGUCCUUCCAGAUGGUACCAUCAAGAGAGGACGACCACGGAAGUCUGCUGCGGUUCCAGGCGUCGAGCCAGCAAGUUCUGCGAAGAUGGCGGGCGUACGAGGGAAGAAGAGGAAGAGAGGCGACGACGUGGAUGAGGGGGCAGGCACUGUCGUGACCAACGACUCCGAGCCACCGUCUAAACGGAAGCGAGGACGGCCUCCGAAGCGACAGCAACACGCGACGGCGCAAGCAUCAUCUGUCCCAGCAGCGAGUUCUGCCGAUGUGACUAUCGCUGCAUCCAAAUCGACAUCACCGCCUGUUCUACAAGAACAAUCGGGCGUUACGAGGGGUGGUCGUCGAUCGAACCGCAAACAAACUGACAGCACUACUGCUGAACCUGCUCUGGGCACUCACGCAGACAAGUCCAUUCCAGCAUUGCCCGUGCCGAGGAAACGCGGUCGACCUCGCAAGCAGCCGUUGCCAGAUGCCGAUUCUACUGCUGCCGCUGCUGCUGCGUCGGGAACCACCGAGGAUGCUCCAUCUCGCAAAGAUUGUUCUCCAGGGUCCUCGCGAGAGAACGUCGAACCACCUCCGACAUUGGAAUUCCCUACAGCCACCAACGUAGUCGAGGUCUGCGCGCAUCAGCACCAACACGAAGACUUCGUAGCUGAAGGCACAGAUAGCGCACGAGCACCACUAAUGGCUGGUCCUUCGGCUAGUCAUGACAUAGACGUCGUUCCCCCACUCAACGUUGAUGAUCGAGCGCCAUGUGUUGCAGUUCCACGAGAGGACGAGCCUCAGUCACCGCUACGCCCUGGCCUUACUGUUGUUGAGGCUUCGUCCGGGGUGGAGAUGCCCUCCAAUCCCCCGACUCCGACAGAUACAAAUGCGUUACCCGAUAGCACGUCGAUUCAGUUCCACAUUCCCAUCGAUCCUACUCUCCUUAACGAGGGGAACACAUCGGCUACUAGUCACACUGGCUCGGCAGCUAAGACGGUGACGGACGCAGCAGAGCCUACAACGAGUAGUCCCGAACCAGGCAACACCGGUGCCAAGCGGGCACAGUCGGAAACAGCUGUGCAGGCACCACUAGCCAAACGCCUGAAGUCUAGCGGAGGUACUGACGGUGCCAAUCGCGAUGCUCGCUCCAAGACGACGCUCAUACAAGCUCGCCGGGAAAGGGAAUUGCUUCGCGUCGUGAAAGAUGCCGGCGGGAUGAUCAACAUCAGCUCCAAGGACUUCUACGAUGCACACGCGGCUUUGGUGGAGAAGGUGACAAGCGCGGGAGAAGCGACCAGUACUCGUAUUGGAUCGCGGAUGGACAAGCGCACGGUCGAGGCAACUAUGAAGGAUCUGGAUGCUCGCGGGAAGAUCAGGCUCAUCACUACGUCGGUCAAGGUUUCUACAGGUACCACUCGACCCAUUCGCAUUGCUUACCUUCCCGAGAUACCCGACGCCGAACUCCAUACGUUCUUGAGCGGCAUCAGCAUCCAGCAGUUUCCUCCUGCGGCGCCGAUCAAGACUUUGGAGGAGCCUGUCGUGUAUGGUGGAGCGAGGCACCAGAUCGCGCGAGGUUCAUCGGUCGCAAACGACUCAGUACAGGAUGACGUUACUCCCACUGGUCGGAAGGGCGCUCACUCGAGCAGCGAUCCGCUGCUAGAUGCCGUCCUCAAUGACAAGAAUACCAUAGCCCAGUCUCAUGGUUUCAUCGUCGGUAGACUUGCGAGAGCCCGGGCUCUGCACCUUUGGACAACCGAUUUCUUGCAAUCGGAGACAUCCAGUGUCAACAUCGUAUCGGCGCGAGAACGGAUCGUCGCUUUCUCGUUCUUCUUGAACGACCUACCUAUCUCCACCUACUGCGCCGUUGUGUCCUCUCAAGUCCAGAGCGACGAGUUGGCCAAGCUCCUACGUUCGCCCGAAGGCGCGCUGACACCCAUAGGGCAACUCUCACCCACGAUACGCGACCCUCUGCAAAUAGGGCGUUGGAGAGCCCGGGAUCGGCUAUUGGGUGUUUUGGAGAUUCUAUGCCGAUUGAAGGUCAUGGACCCCCUCCUUUCCUCACAUUCUGCGAUCCCGGCCAUCACAGUCGAUUCUACAGCUAAUCAUCCUCCCUCGUUCGACGUGGCUCCUGUGGAAACAUGGACACCUGUCACGGCUCCUGGGUACUUUCGACUCAAUGCGUCGGCUGCUGUGCAUAUAUGGGCUCUGUCAGAAGACUCGCCGCCUUUCUGGAAGGGCAUGUCAGUCCACUCUGUUGCAGACAGUAACGAGUAUUGGCGCCAGCUGCGAAUCGCUGCUCAAGACAAGGCGGCUGCAAAGCAGGUCCCAGCUGAAGAGCUAGGAGAGCCUCUGACAGGGGCCAGCGAACUCGGUAGAGUGCUUCGCCGUCCGUCCUCGUGGACUGACAGCUACGCCCUAUCGCCCAACCAGGAGGCUUUCUUGAAGCAGCAUGUGGAGUUAGCGAGCGGAGACACACCAUUGCAGGGUCGAGACGGUGAUCGCUUGGACCGUCUAUGUACUGCAAUCUCCGCACCAAAAGAUGCGGUUGUACGCUUCUACGAGAGCCUGCACAACAAGAUCUUGAACGAAAAAGAGAAGAUGGUUAGAAAGGCGGAACGUAGGGCGGAGGAAUCGAAGGCCAGGGAUGCUCAAUCGAAGGCCAUGAUAGCGCAGAGGGCUGCCCAAGCCAAAGCGCAGCGAGAGCGGGACUGGGACGACAUGGUCGCUCAAGUUCACCCUGCGCCCCUCACGGAUUUGGCCGCUGCCAGAGUCCGUCGUCUUCGAACACGAUUCUUACAGAGCUCGGGGAAGAAUCACGAGAAGUGGGAGAGCGAGAUCGCGCAAGCGAUACAGGAAUCGAUCUUUGCCGCCGACAAGGUUUUGAGUGCCAACAAAGUGCUGCUGGCGAGACCGGUAGUCGCACCUGCUCCGCCACCGCCUGUCGUCGCAACCGCUCCUGAGAAGUCCGUUAGGGAACUCAUAGCAUCCCAGGGUCCCCCACUUGCUCCGCGACAGCCUGUCAGGAAAUCAAAGAGGGGAAAGGAAGCCAAAGACGGAGAUGCACCGGCAAGUCCUGCUCGACGGCACAGAUUCCAGUGGAACAGGGAGUACGACGAACUGGCCCGGGAUGCUUCCGCCAUUAUCAGAGCUCGGUGCCGUGGACACCACAGGAUUGAUCUCGCCGCAUUGAGUCAAGCUUUCCCGGCAGUCCCCAAGAACUCAGUCCGGCAGCGUAUUGUUCACUUUAGAGAGUCGCCUGGCGCUGAUACCUAUCUUCAACGGCUGGAGGACAAGUGGUACGACAUCUGGAUGCAGCAUCGGGGAACGGAGGUGCUACCUGAUGAGGAUCCCGAAAGCCCGAGCAACUUCGACAUGAUUGCGCACUUGGAGUUCCUGCGGAAACAUGUCGACAAGAACGCGCUGCGUGUCGGGUUCGUGGAACUGAGCCGGGACGCGACCUUCGCACUACCCUGUGACGUCGAGCAUCUAACCUCACUUUGGGAGAUCCAGGAAAAGCCGAUCGCGUCCCCUCUCUUUGACUUUGUGUGGAGUGGUUCCGCUGAAGAGGGACGCGAGAAGCAAUUGGCGCUACAUGCGUUUACGACUGAUCUGCGAGAGAUGCCUCGAGUCGUUGAGUACUCUUCGGACAACUUGUUUGUCGCAGAUACCGCGAUGAAGAUGGUACUAGGCACGCCGAAUGAGCUCUACGACAUACAAGCAGCUACUGGGAUGCUACACUCCGUCGGUGAGGAUGCUGUCAAAGCUGCGACAGAAACGAUGCUUGCUCGAGGAGUACUCUCGAAGGUCGUACGAGAUCCCUCUAAGAGCAGACCAGGGAGGACGCUCAAAAUCUCGGACAGCAAUCAAAACGCUAUCGGCGGUUCUAUGCCUCAGGAUGUCUUCCAGGACGCAGCGGCGCUUGAAGACGUUCUUGGCCAAGACGAAGAUCCGGACGCCUGGCGAGAGUGGUCAUUGUUGUCCAGCGAUGGUGAUAUGGCGGCAUUGCUCGACCUGGUCUCUAUCAAUAAGAUCAAUUUCAAGGUAGAUACCUCUAGUCCUCAGGCAAGACGACCGGCCUUCGACUGGAACAGCAAGAAGGCCGACGACGAUGACAUUGAGACCGGCAUCAUGGUCCGUCUAUCGAACCGGACGGAAGAUACGAAGACAACCACAGCGGUCGAGGCAAUCGCAGAACCGACGGAAGUGGCUAUUUCGCCCAUGCAGCAAAUAGCAUUUGAAAUUCCUAUUGAUCCCGUACUAUCAGAUGGUGUUUCGGUGGAUGUCUCGCCAUCGGAACCAUCGCCAGUCACUCAGCACGGUAAAACUUGGGACGGGAGCGCGGCGUUCUGUCAGAAGGAUACGACCGGAUUGGUGGACUGUCAAGCUUGUUUACAGGCCUCAAAAUCGAAGCUUCUACUGACCGUCGGCGACGAGGAGUCUGAGAUUGUGAAUGAUGUUCUCGACGAGCUACAGGAUGCUGUCGCAGAAGGUCUUGAGAAAGAUCACAUCAUGGGGAUAGUUAAGCGAGGACGGGUCCAAUCUGCGUUGGCGGUCCUAACAAGAAUUACGCAUAGUGACACACCCCUUGCGUACUGGACCGGCUAUACUUCCAUGGUUCUCGUGGCGACAGAGCAUAUUAGACCGUGGGCGGUCUGCAUCUCUCAAGGUGCGGACGGGAAGGCGAUGAUACAUCCCCGAAGGUGGCUCGACAUCGCCGGACGGAAGAUCGUUGACGUAUGGGAGGCUGCGUUGAGAGCUAUCGCCGGUGUAAUUCUCUUCCGCCCAGGUGUUACGCAGGCUGAAAUACGCUGGAGAUUGCGAUCUGUCUACGACAGACAGGAGGUCAACGACGUGUUGAGAUAUCUUAAGGAUCAGGGUCACAUUGAACGGCGGGUGGAUGCGCACGUAGGCCAAAGCAUCGAAGUGGGCGAGCCAGACAACGAAGAAGAGCAGCAUGUGUUCUGGUUCAUCAGUGGAGAGAAGCAUUGGUAUGAGUUGUAGCAGAGUGGUGAGAAGCAUUGGUAUGAGCUGUAGCAGAAGUCUUGAGCUGUAUCCCAAUCAGAUUGCAACACACUGUAGCAUACGCACCGAUAAAUCGAUACAGUAGUUAGUGUACCUCAUGAAUGCAUG